AUGCUGAAUGCUGAAUGUGCCUGGCACCUGAACACGUGGCUUUGUAAGCCGGCUGUAGCGAAGUACUGUGGCCCACUGGUGGCGACCAUUGCGCUCAGCUUUGACAGACAGCUCACACAACUGCCCCAGCACGAGCUGCGCACCACGCAUGAUUCUUGCUUGCCUCGCCUCGUUUCAGCGCUUCAUCCAAUCUGGCCCACGCAGUUGGCAAACACUGGAGUGGAAGCCACGAUUGUUGCCACUGACUAUUCGAGACUUGCUAUCCCGCUUCUCGUGGAGCGGCCAUGUCCACUCAGACGGACAGGGAUGCUCUUCGAAUACCAUUACCCGCCUGAACUGGAGACAUUCUGGACGCUGAUCGUGCCUCUGCUGCAGCGUCCCGCGCGCCAGCCGCAACCAUCCGUCGCAGUUGCAAAACCUGAGCGUACAACGUUUUCAAGGCUGCGCUGUGCUUUGAUACAAGUGCACUGGCCAUGCUAUCUUGGACGGCCACGACUUGACCCAAUCACGCCUAUUUCAAAACUUGCCACGGCUCACGGGCUGCCUUCACAAAACUUGGUUGGGCUCUGCUCACGUUUCUCUUUGUCCCACGCAAACAACUUUUUCUCUGUUUGCUCAUCACUGGUUCAUCCUCCCGCCCUGCACUCUUCUCGCCUCGCCUCGCCUCUUUCAAAUCCCAGCGGCGAUCUGACAAAACGAGCCUUGGAGCGCUGCUCCUGCGAGCUAUCCUCCUCCUACCGAAAUUUUCCUAACGAGCUCCUGCUCGUGGCCGGCCGACUGACUGUUUCUUCAGGCAAUGGAGCCCUGGUCUAUCGCAAGAUGAUGAUGACGCAGUCCUACUACGGCAGUGAUUUCGACUCGUUCAACCGCCCAAGCCAUCGAGUGUAUGCCAACUCGGCACACUAUGAGCGCCCAGUACCAUACACGCAUGCCUAUUAUGAGCCAACCCAUCCAGAACUUCGCUCGGACUUCCCUGGCCGGCCUGGCACGCGGACUCUGAUACAGGAACCAGGUCCAGAAAUCAUCCAUCUCGGGCAUACUGGACGAAAGCGGAAGAUCAAAUGCAGUGGUGACCCAGGAGAUGGCAGUGGCUGUUCAGCCUGCAAAUCCGCCAAUGCGGACAAGUCUUCAUGUACAUUCAACAGGCCUACUGAUGGCAUGGUAGGUUGGCAGCCCAGUAUGGCAUCUGCAACUCCAGCGUCGGCGUCGGCAUCAGUAUCAUACAGCAGCGAUUCUUCAGCAAGUUCUUACAGCUCUGGACUGUAUCAAACCCACCAGCGACCUUCUCUUCCGAUGCUGCAAACACGCACAGCUUAUCCAGAGUACGAUUCAUACAAUGCCUCUCCAGUCGAUGAGUACGCAUAUGCAGCAGCAGCAGUGCCGAGACACGAGUCUUUCUCCAGCAACUUCAGCACUGAGAGCUUUCGUCCCUACACAAGUGCAUCGGUCUCAACUCCGGCCACCUCAACUAGCAUGUACUACGAACCUGGAGCUGCAUUCAGCUUCGGCAGUCUACAGGCCGCACCGGGCUACCCGGUCACACCCAUGACUCGCCUUUCCAGUGUCUCCGGGGAGGUGUUCUCGCCGCUGAAUAUGAGUUCAUUGCAUUCAACUUUACCUACCCAGUCCGUGCCGCCGCACACGGUCCAAGAGAGGCGAUUGCCCAUCCCUUACCCACAGCAACAACCUGCCUACACUACAACAGAAGUGCCACAAAUCCGGCCAUUGACUUCGUUCACCGAGCCACACCCUCGCGCACACAUCGGAGGCAUCUACAGUCGUCACGGCAUGUCCUGGUCUUCGGGCAGUCCGGUCGUCUCAAGAAGUGGCUCCAUCACCAAUUUAGCUGCCGCCCAGCAGAGUAUGCCUCUGUCAUCCUCAGCGCCUGGAGCAUCCUCAUCUUUGAUGACCGAGCCUGUUCUUGGCUACCAGUUCAGUGCUUCUUCCGGCAGUCCAGAAAUCUCACCCACAACGGGACCCGCGCUUUCUGAAAGCUACUCUAGCACUUCUAGUUCUUCUACAGCUGGAUCCACGAUGCUGCCUCCAGCGACUUUGCGAUACUCGGCCAGUGGCUCUCUGCCGAAUCUACCAGCGCUCAGCGGCAAUGACGAACAGCAGCGCCGACCAUCUACGUCGCACGAAACAGCGGCCACUUUGUAUACUUUCAGCUCUGGCGUCGAUGUCUCAGAUCGAGCGACGCCUGCGCGCCACCUCACGUCAGGUUCCACAGAUGACGCUGCGACACCGAAUCAUCAUUACAGCCGGACGCCUUUGCGGCAGCCACAGCCUCAGCAUGCCGCCAGUCUCGAUGAGCUCCGCCGACGCUCUUCCUACGAUCACCAGCAGGCUCACCGCGCAGCUACUGCUCACCGCAUGUCACCAAACGAAGCACCUCCGCGAAUAGCCACAUCUUCGAUUCUUCAGCUAGACCGAAUCUCCGGAAUCUUCGGCGUACUGCUUCAAUAUCGUCCAGCGUUCCCGACCAAUUCAACCACAUCAUCUUUCGGCGUUCUGUUUACUCAGCGAUACCAAUCACAUCAAGGUUACGACCAUUUACGAGCGAAAUUAGAAAAGCCCGCGAGGGAGAAGAGGGAAUUCUGGAAAAAUGUUUGCAUUAGUUUCGGCGUACUGCUUGUUUUGGACCGGAUCCAUCAUCAUUGGAAUGGAAUUUGGGACGCGUGA